AUGGUGGGUCUGAGUGCUCAUCACAGACCAUUCAGCUGCAGGCUGCUGAUAUUCUUCUGCAUACUGCAUCCAGGGACCUCAGGCCAACCCAACCCAACCUCGAACACCCCUGGGAAGGAGGCCUUGUCUGUCCAAGGAGUGCGGGGCAGCUCUGUGGAGCUGGAGUGCAGCACUGGGCCUGCCGCGAUGGCGGUCCUCUGGAGUUUCACUCCUCUGGGUUCCCUGGUUCUCCGACCUGUGGCAGUCACCAGUGGAACCUCUUCGAAGGUGGAAUCCGGGGCAUUAGCUCUGGGGGUCGUGAGUCUGAGGAACAGCAGCCUGGUGAUAGAGGACCUCCUAGAGGGUGCCCGUGGCCACUUCCUGUGCCAGACCUUGGUCGUGUCCGGUGGCCAGGUCCAUGCAACCUACUUGUACCUCACGCUCACUGUGCUGGUGCCUGUGUCUAAGCCUCGUGUGCAACUGAAUGACCCAUCCCCAGUAGAGGGCGUCUUCGUGGUGGCCACUUGUGCUGUGAGGGAGGGCACGGAGCCAUUGACCUUCUCCUGGCACCAUCACAUGCCCCAAGGCCCUGGAGAGGUCCUGGUGGGUCUUUCAGAGCCAAGGCUCCAGCUAGAUCCAGUCAACCGGACCCAUCUAGGCUGGUACACCUGCAGCGUGAGCAAUGUAGUCAACCAGCUCAAGAGUGAUGGAGCCUUCCUAGAUGUCAUCUAUGGUCCAGACAAGCCUGUGAUCACUGUGGAACCACUGGGAUUCUCUGAAGAUGGGUUCUGGGCCAGCGAGAGAGAGGAGGUGACGCUGAGCUGCCUGGCUGCAUCCAACCCACCUAGUCACUAUGUAUGGUUCCGUGAUGACUCUCAGAUCCACACUGGGCCCACCUACAUCAUUGCCAGCGCCAGCCGCACCCACACGGGCCUGUACACCUGCCUGGCUCACAACAGGCACCUAGAUACCCACACCCAGACCACUGUCCAGCUCAUCAUCUACUAUCCCCCUGAAGGGCAGCCUUCCUGUGCUGUGCUCCCCACCCUUGGGGGUGUGACCCUGCUAUGUACCUGGCCUGGGGGUUUUCCAAAGGCUCAACUUCACUGGGAAGGGCCCCAGGGGAUUGGCCCAAGUGCCUCGGGCAAUGUCACCUGGAGUUAUACAACCGCCGGACUUCCAAAUGGCAGCAUCUUCAGCUGUGCGGGACAGCACCCUACCUUGGCUAUGCCCAUCUUCUGCAGGGCCACUCUCUGGGAACCUCCUGGGAGCCCUACCUGUUGGACCACAGCCACAGUAGGUGACCAGUACAUCAUGCUGAGCUGUGAGUGGCCUGGAGGUGAACCUCCUGCGAUGCUGCGCUGGCUGGACGGACAGCAGUCCCUGGGUGACCUGAGCUCUUCGCAGGCUGUGUACCUCCUGCAGGCUCAGAGUGAUCUGGCAGGCAGAGAGUUCACCUGCCAGGGUUUCCACCCACUCAAGGCUCCUGGCCCCCACUGCCGGCUAAGGCUGGAAGUCCCACAGCUGACAGUGGCUGAAGCCCGAGUGUCAGUACUGGAGGGAGAAGAGGCCUGGCUGGGCUGUGCUCUCCAGCAGGGUACACCACCUGCUCAGCUCCUCUGGCUGGGACCCCAGCAACAGCACUUGGAAGGAAGUACUCCUGGAUUCAUACUACACCCUGAGGGUACCCACUUGCGCCUUCAAGUCCGAGAUGCUGACCCAGCACACCACAGGGGCACUUACCAAUGUGUGGCCCGCAAUGCCUUGGGCAACAGCAGCCAGAGCGUGCUGCUGGAGAUCCUGAGGUAUCCAACUCCUCCCAACGUCACCAUCAGCCGACUGACCUACAGGCGACAACGGAGAGAGGUGCAGCUGCAGUGGGCCAUCUACGGCCCUGGCAACCUGACAGGCUUUCUGGUGCAGCAGAGGGCCAGUGUCCCCAGCUCAGAAGCUGGUGCUUGGGAGGUAGCAGCUAGUGACAUUGAGCCAGAGAGCAGGGACCGGCGUCUGGGAGGGUUGGACCCGGGAGUCCUUUAUGCCUUCCGUAUCCUGGCUAUGAAUCACCACACUGCAGGAUAUCCUUCGGAGGUGAAGACACCAGUGGACCCUGCCUUCAGUGCCUACCCAGCUGUACUGGGAGCUGCAGGCACAGGAGUCGUGGUGGCAUUGGCAACCUCUUUGUUGGUGUUCCAGUAUGCUGCCCGGCACCCACACACUUUCCCCUGCCUGAGCCGGCUGCUUGUUUCUGUGGAGCACGAGCAGCAACAGAGGGCCCCCAGGGAAAGCUUCGAGGCCCCAGCAGGCACGGAAACAGCAUCUCCCACAAGUUCAGACCCUAUACAAGAACCCACGGAUGCUCCAGUAAAUGUCACCAUCACAGUGACUGCAACACCGUAA